AUGAAGGUGGAAGGCAGGAGAAUCACCUGCUUGCUACUCUCCUUCGCUGUGAUCUGCCUGGUGGCCACCCCUGGGGUCAGGGCCUGUCCUCGCCGCUGUGCCUGUUAUGUGCCUUCAGAGGUGCACUGCACCUUCCGGUACCUGACCUCCAUCCCAGACGGCAUCCCACCCAAUGUGGAACGCAUCAAUUUAGGGUACAACAGCUUGGUGAGACUGAAGGAAACAGACUUUUCUGGUCUGAACAGACUGGAGUUGCUCAUGCUCCACAGCAACAGCAUUCACACGGUCCCCGACAGGACCUUCUCGGAUCUGCAGGCUUUACAGGUCUUAAAAAUGAGCUAUAACAAAGUCCGAAAACUUCAGAAAGAUACUUUUUGUGGCCUCAGGAGCUUGACACGCUUGCAUUUGGACCACAACAAUAUCGAGUUUAUAAACCCAGAGGCUUUUUACGGACUCACCUUUCUCCGCUUGGUGCACUUGGAGGGAAAUCAGCUUACAAAGCUCCAUCCAGAUACGUUUGUCUCUUUGCGCUACCUCCAGAUAUUUAAAACAUCUUUCGUUAAGUACCUCUACUUGUCUGAUAACUUCCUGACCUCCCUCCCUCAGGAGACGGUCUCCUACAUGCCUGACCUAGAAAGCCUUUAUCUGCAUGGGAACCCGUGGACCUGUGAUUGCCAUCUAAAGUGGUUGUCUGACUGGAUACAGGAGAAGCCAGGUGUAAUAAAAUGCAAGAAAGACAGAAGCCCCUCCGGUCCUCAGCAAUGUCCCCUUUGCAUGAACCCCAGGACCUCUAAAGGCAAGCCCUUAGCUGUGGCCCCCACGGCAGCUUUCCUGUGUGCCAAGCCCACCAUCGACACAUCCCUGAAAUCAAAGAACCUGACUAUUCCGGAAGAUGGUGAUUCUACCUCCAUCUCUCCCCAGGACUUCAUAGCACCCUUAGGCUCCCUCACUUUGAAUAUGACAGAUCACUCUGGAAAUGAAGCUAACAUGGUCUGCAGUAUCCAAAAGCCCUCGAGGACAUCACCCAUUACAUUCACUGAAGAAAAUGACCACAUCAUGCUAAAUACGUCAUUUUCAACAUUUCUGCUGUGCAACAUAGAUUACAGCCACAUUCAGUCAGUGUGGCAGCUUCUGGCUUUGUACAGUGAUUCCGCUCUGAUACUAGAAAGGAGCCACUCGCUCACUGACACACCACAGCUCUGUUACAAAUAUAAACAGGUAGCUCUUAAUCCUGAAGACACUUUUAGUAACAUAAAGGCUGAUCUCAGAGCAGAUCCCUCUUGGUUAAUGCAAAACCAAAUUUCCUUGCAGCUAAACAGAACUGCCACCACGCUCGGCACAUUAUGGAUCCGGUACUCCAGUAACGCACAAGUCACUUUACCAAGGGCAGAGACGAGGCCAGUGAAACACAAAUGGACCAUGAUCUCGAGGGACAACAAUACUAAACUGGAACGCACUGUUUUGGUAGGAGGGACUGUUGACCUGAACUGCCCAAGCCACGGUGACCCCACCCCACAUUUGGAGUGGCUUCUGGCUGAUGGGAGUAAAGUGAGAGCCCCUUAUGUGAGUGAGGAUGGACGAGUCCUAAUAGACAGAAAUGGAAAGUUGGAGCUCCAGAUGGCUGAUAGUUUUGACACAGGCAUGUAUCACUGCAUAAGCACCAGUUACGAUGAUGCAGAUAUUCUCACCUACAGGAUAACUGUGGUGGAGCCCAGUGUAGAAGCCUAUCACGAAAAUGGGGUUCGUCGCACAGUUUUCACUGGUGAAACACUUGACCUUCCGUGCCAUUCUACUGGUAUCCCAGAUGCCUCUAUUAGCUGGGUUCUUCCAGAAAACACUGUGGUCUAUCAGUCCUCUAGAGACAAGCAAGUUCUUAGUAAUGGCACAUUAAGAAUAUUACAGGUCACCCCAAAAGACCAAGGUCAUUAUCGCUGUAUAGCAGCCAACCCGUCAGGGGUCGAUUUUUUGAUUUUCCAAGUUUCAGUCAAAAUAAAAGGACAAAGGCCAGUGGAGCAUCAUGAAGAAACAGAUGGGUCUGGAUUUGAUGAGCCCAAUCCCACUGCUCACCUUAAGUUUCCACCAGCUGUACAACCCCCUACAUCUGCUCCAGUGGGAGCUGAGGUUGGAAAACAGGUCUCAAGCACAAGUAGGAAGCACAGCUCUCAGGAGUUAAUACACCAGCAACGUGAAGAGUCAACAAAUCGACGUUUUAGGGAGCACAGGAGACACUUCCUUCCCUCUGCUCGUAGAAUUGACCCACAGCACUGGGCAACACUUUUGGAGAAAGCUAAAAAGAAUACUGUGCCAGAGAAACGAGAAAAUGCCACAGUAAGGCCACCUUCGCCGGCCACCCACCUCCUGAAAAUACCUGGUGAGGAAGAAGACUCUUCAGCCAUGCUCCCUCCAGAUGAGGAACUUAUGAUCCUGGCAACUAAAGCUUCGAAUGUUCUUGCAAGGCCAGUGUCUGCUGAUUCCAGAACAAUAUCUGAUAGCCCUGUGACAAAUACAACUUCUGGCACAGAAGUCUCUCCAAUUGUGAGUCCACAAAUACUACCACCUGAAAAACCGAUAGAUUUCAAACUCUCUAUUGCUAUUAAAACUACAACCAUAUCAGAGAAUACAAACCCAACCAUAUCAAGCAAAAUGCAUGGGACAACCAAUCAAAAUUCAUCUACUAUCCUCCCACUACUACCUGGAGUGACUGAAUUUCAGGACGCUGACCAGAUGGGGAGGAGAGAGCCUUUCAACAGUGCACCCCCAGUCACAGUGAGGACUGUGAUCAAAGACGUCAAUGUCAAAAUGCUUAGUAGCCCUAACAACAAAGCUGACCUAUGCUUGGAGUCAGUAAAUACCACGAACGGUCAACAAACACCUGAGCCCAGGAGCACUCACUUCUAUUCUCACACUACUCAGAAACCGAGCACCUCUGGGCUCCCUUCAGAUCCACACACUGCUGCUCAUCCUCAGCUUCAGAUUCCUAGAAACAGUACAGUUAACAUACCACUGUCUAGACGCUUUGGGAGAAGGAGGAAAAUUUGGGGCAGGGGACAGAUUAUCAGCCCAUAUAGAACUCCGAUUCUCCGAAGGCAUAGAUAUGGCUCUGUGAGGCCAACAUCCAGAGAUUUUUCCAAAGGAAGCUCUACUGCAUUUUCAGCCACAGAGUUCAAUGUGAUGUGCCCGUCAUGUCCUCCCAGAGAGAGACUCAGCACUGCUACAGCGACUUUGUCUUUUCAAAGUUCUUCCCCCUUCACCCUUUCCAAAGCUGACCUUGCCAGAGCUGUAUCAGAAGAGUCUACAACUCUAGUCCAGAAUCCAUCAUUGCUAUUUGAGAAUAAACCAAAUGUAGACAUUGAGAAAACAACACUCACAAUAAAAUAUUUCAGUGCUGAGAGUACCCAAGUGACUCCAACUGCUGCAGUCAUAACUCAAGCCCCAGCUUCCAUAUCUAUGGAAAAAGCUCAUGGAACAAAUAUUGGUUACCCAAGUGCAUCUGGUAUCAGUGAAGCUAAAGGAGAUUCAGUCAUUACAUCGCCCCUUUCUGGUCCCAUCACCAAGCCAUCAAUGCCUACUACUAUAGCCAUUACAAGAUUUUCAGGAAGGAAAAUUCCCUGGCAUCAGAUCUUUGUAAAUAGCCGUCACCAAAAAGAGAGAUCAAGAAAUCAGCUUAAAUUUGGUUUACAAAAAAGCACAACUAUGAUGCUUCCUAAAAUAUCUCCUGCUUUACCCACAGAUAAAGUCUCCCCCUUCCAUUUCACAACCCUCCCAGCAGGCAUGGUGCAAAUUCCCUCUAUAACACUGCCUACACCUCACCACAAUUCCACCAAAACACAAAGUUCUAGAAGCUUCCCAACAAUGAAGGAGCUGCUGCCCUUCCCCACUCUCUACCCCACACUUCCUAGUAUCUCAAGCAAAGAAUCAAGUAUUACAAGCUUCCUAUCAAUGCAAACAGCCACACUGGCAACUCCUCCUACUGCCCCUGCAUCUGUCAUUAUCUCUAAAACCCAAACAGCGAGUCCCACGGCACAAAAAGUACAAAGGAAAAAGGAGCCUCAGAAGGACACGAAUGACCCAAACAUCUCUCCAGGCCAGAGUUCUGGCUUCACCACACCCACUGCUAUGACACCUUCUGUUCCAACCACAGUUGAACCUUCGAUCAAUCCCAGCGUCUCUGCUUUUACUCAUUCCUCCCUAGAAAACACAAAUGGAAUUUUGAACACAAUUGUUCUUCAUUCAAGAACUCUUAAUCUGACAGACGUAACUAAAGAACUACUUCAAGUGAGUACUGAGACUCUGAAGAGCACAACUGCUUCUGAAACAACUUUGUCCAGCAAAUCACACCAAAGUACCACAACUAGGAAAACAAUCAUGAGACACUCGACAGUGCCACCCUUCCUGAGCAGCAGUGCCACUGUAAUGCCAAUCCCCAUCUCCCCUCCCUUCACUCAAAGUGCAGUUACUGACAACGUAGUAACUCCCAUUUUCAGGACAAUGACUAACACAAUGGUCAAGUCACAUGAAUCUGCAAAGCACAAUCCUAAACCACAGCAAUUAGUAGCAGAGGCUGCAGAGUCUCCCAAGUCUUGCCCAAAUGCCACAUCCACCAUUGGAACCACUUACUCUAUCUACUCUAAUCUGUUACGUUCUACUCCUAUGCCAGCACUAACACCAGCUAAAUUACAGAAUUCUAAAUUGUCUCCCUCUCUCUGGUCAGAAAACCAAUUUUGGCACAAGUCAUACCCAGAAAUUGCUGAAAAGGGUGAAAAGCCAAUAGUAAGCAUGCCGCCCGCUGUAGACUUACCAGAGACCACCACCCAUGCCUCAAAUUGGGAUGGACAGAAGAAUGCAAAAGAGAGUGGCUUUGAUGAGAAACCAGUUCAGAAAAUAACUUCCGAACUCCUUCCUUUUGACUCCUUGUCUAGGAAUAUAUUUGAAAAGCCCAGAAUAGUUGGCGGAAGAGCUGCAAGUUUUACUGUUUCAGCUAACUCAGAUGCCUUUCUUCCCUGUGAGGCUGUUGGAAAUCCCCUCCCCACCAUCCACUGGACCAGAGUCUCAUCAGGACUUGAUUUGUCUAAAAGGAAACAGAAUAGCAGGUUCCAGGUGCUCCCCAAUGGCACCCUGUCCAUCCAGAGGGUGGACAUUCAGGACCGUGGACAGUACCUGUGCUUGGCAUCCAAUCUGUUUGGCACAGACCGCCUUCAUGUCACCUUGUCUGUGGUUUCCUAUCCUCCCAGGAUCCUGGAGAGACGUACCAAAGAGAUCACAGUUCAUUCUGGAAACACUGUGGAACUGAAAUGCAGAGCAGAAGGGAGGCCAAGCCCUACGAUUUCCUGGAUUCUUGCAAACCAAACAGUGGUCUCAGAAUCAUCCCAGGGAAACAGGCAGGCCCUGGUGACAUUUGAUGGAACACUGGUCAUCCGCAAUCUCAGCAUUUAUGACCGUGGCUUUUACAAAUGCAUAGCCAGCAACCCAGCUGGCCAGGAUUCACUGCUGAUUAAAAUGCAAGUCAUUGCAGCCCCACCUAUUAUUCUAGAGCAAAAGCGGCAAGUCAUUGUAGGGACUUGGGGUGAAAGCUUGAAACUGCCCUGUACUGCAAGAGGAACUCCUCAGCCCAGUGUUUACUGGGUCCUCUCUGAUGGCACUGAAGUGAAACCAUUACAGUUUACCAACCCCAAGUUGAUCUUAUUUUCAAAUGGGACUCUGUAUAUAAGAAACAUAGCCUCUUCAGACAGGGGAACUUACGAAUGCAUCGCUACCAGUUCCACUGGCUCGGAGAGAAGGGUGGUAACACUUACGAUGGAAGAGCAAGAAACCACUCCCAGGAUAGAAGUUGCAUCCCAGAAAUGGACUGAGGUGAAUUUGGGGGACAAAUUACUACUGAACUGCUCAGCCACUGGGGAGCCCAAACCCAAAAUAAUCUGGAGAUUACCAUCCAAGGCUGUCGUUGACCAGUGGCACAGAAUAGGCAGCCGAGUCCAUGUCUACCCAAAUGGAUCCCUGUUUAUUGGAUCAGUAACAGAAAAAGAUGGUGGUGCCUACUUGUGUGUAGCAAGGAACAGAAUGGGGGACAAUCUGAUACUGAUGCAUGUCAGCCUGAGACUGAAACCUGCCAAAAUUGACCACAAGCAGGAUUUUACAAAGCAAGUGCUCCAUGGGAAAGAUUUCCAAGUUGACUGCAAAGCUUCUGGCUCCCCGGUGCCCGAGAUAUCAUGGAGUUUGCCCGAUGGGACGAUGAUAAACAAUGCAAUGCAAGCCGAUGACAGUGGCCACAGGACCAGGAGGUACACCCUUUUCAACAACGGGACCUUAUAUUUCAACAAAGUUGGGAUAGCAGAGGAAGGAGAUUAUACUUGCUAUGCCCAGAACACCCUAGGGAAGGAUGAAAUGAAGGUCCACCUAACAGUUGUAACAGCUGUGCCACGGAUAAGACGUGGUCAUGAUACCAACACGAGAACCAAAGUUGGAGACACAGCCGUCCUUGACUGUGAGGUCACUGGGGAACCCAAACCAAAAAUAUUUUGGUUGCUGCCUUCCAAUGACAUGAUUUCAUUCUCCAAUGAUAGGUACACAUUUCAUGCCAAUGGGUCUUUGUCCAUCAACAGAGUAAAACUGCUCGAUUCUGGAGAGUACAUGUGCGUAGCCCGAAAUCCCAGUGGGGAUGACACCAAAAUGUACAAACUGGAUGUUGUCUCCAAACCUCCAUUAAUCAAUGGUCUGUAUACAAACAAAACUGUUAUUAAAGCCACAGCCGUGAGGCACUCCAAAAAACACUUUGACUGCAGAGCUGAAGGGACACCAUCUCCUCAAAUCAUGUGGAUCAUGCCAGACAAUAUUUUCCUUACAGCCCCAUACCAUGGAAGCAGAAUCACAAUCCAUAAAAAUGGAACCUUGGAAAUUAGGAAUGUGAGGCUUUCAGAUUCAGCUGAGUUUAUCUGUGUGGCUCGGAACGAAGGAGGAGAGAGCAUUUUGGUGGUUCAAUUAGAAGUACUGGAAAUGCUGAGAAGACCAAAGUUCCGAAAUCCAUUUAAUGAAAAAAUAGUUGCCCAGCUUGGAAAGUCCACAGCAUUGAAUUGCUCUGUUGAUGGUAACCCACCACCUGAAGUAAUGUGGAUUUUACCAAAUGGCACACGAUUUUCCAGUGGACCACAAAAUUCUCAGUACCUGAUAGCAAGAAAUGGUUCUUUUGUCAUUCAUAAAACAACUCGGGACGAUGCAGGGAAAUAUCGCUGUGCAGCUAGAAACACAGUUGGCUAUAUUGAGAAAUUAAUCGUAUUAGAAAUUGGCCAGAAGCCAGUUAUUCUUACAUAUGCACCAGGGACAGUAAGAAGGAUCAGUGGAGAAUCUCUGUCACUGCAAUGUGUAUCUGAUGGAAUUCCUAAGCCAAAUAUCAAAUGGACUAUGCCAAGUGGUUAUGUAAUGAGUAGGCCUCAAACUAAUGGAAAAUACAUAUUGCAUGAAAAUGGCACCUUAGUCAUCAAAGAAGCAACAGCUUAUGACAGAGGAAAUUAUAUCUGUAAAGCUCAAAACAGCGUUGGCCACGCACUGAUUACUGUUCCAGUAGCGAUUGUAGCCUACCCUCCUCGAAUUACAAGUCGCCCACCCAGGAGCAUCCUGACAAGAAAAGGAGCGGCCUUUCAGCUCCGCUGUGUGGCCCUGGGAAUUCCCAAGCCAGAAAUCACAUGGGAAAUGCCUGACCACUCCCUGCUCUCGAUGGCAAGUAUAAGCAGAAUGCAUGAAAGUGAGCUGCUUUCCCCCCGGGGCACCCUAGUCAUUCAAAACCCCCAGACCUCCGAUUCUGGGAUAUACAAGUGCACAGCAAGGAACCCACUUGGCAGUGAUUAUGCGACAACUUAUAUUCAAAUAAUCUGA